UCCCCGUCCCGCUCCCGGCGGACGCGAUGGCGCGGAUCACGCUGGAGGACCUGGAGCAGCUGGGCGAGGAGCCCGCGGCCGCCGACGGGGACGGCGGCGACAGCGAGGACGACCAGGAGGGGGAGGCGCGGCUGUUCGCCCACUGGGAGGCCGUGGCCAGCACGCACCGAGUGAGCCUGCCCCGAGACAUGGCAGGCCCGAUCGCCCAGAUGGUCCGGCACAGGCAGGCUCGCGAGCCCGUGCCGUACGUGUCCCUCUCGCAGCACGGGAAGUGCGAGGAAGCGGCCUACGAGGAGCGGCGGUACCCAGCUGGGAAGUGGGCCUGUGUCACCAUGGGGGAGCCCAUGUAUGAGCAGAGCAUCUCCAUGAGCUUCAUGAAGCUCAUGCGCUACAUCUGCAAGGAGAACUCUGUAGGUUGCCAUCUGGGCAUGACAGUCCCAGUGCUCAACGAAAUCCACCUGACCAAGGAGGGGACCGAGCUGGAGCGUGAGGUCCUAACUGCCUAUUAUCUCCCAGGAGCAUUCCAGCAAAACCCCCCUGUUCCCAUGGACCCCGAAAUCCACAUCACUGAGAGGGCACCACUCCGGGUUAUAACCAGGGUUUUCUAUGGGAUGACCACCGAGGAGACAAUUCUGCGGGAGAUCAGUGUCUUCUGGGAGCUCUUGGGCCCCACAGACACGGUGCUGCGGGAAACCUACAUCGUGGCUUCUUACGAGAACCCCAGCGUCCCUCAGCGCCGCAAUGAGAUCUGGUUCAUCUGCCAGGCCGAGUGAGCCACCGCAAGCCAGCAUGCGACUGGGCCCGGUGUAGAUGGCAGCUCUGACCCAGAGGAGAUGGAGCACGUCCCAACCCGCUAUUCACCCACACAAUGAGACGCCAAGAGACUGUGGGGUGGGUUUCCAGCCUGCCCUGCAAGGGUCCUGCCAGGGGAAAUCCUGCCUGGUCUGCACUUCACCUGCCCCCACAGCUGAGGCUGGAGCUGGCACCAAGGACGAUCUCUAGAGCAGGCUCUUGUUGGGAAGCACGUGGUGGGGUCUCAUUAAGGCAGUUACCUUGUGGGAUUGUGCGGUGUGUUAGCCUGGCCUGCAUUGGGCUUGCAGAGCUGUAUCAGGGAGGCUAGUGGGUCUAGUGGUGGACAGCAUCACAAGGUGAUGGUGUCUAGAAGGCAAAUGACUGUACAAGAUGUGGGGCUCAGCGUAGCCUCUGGCCUGCUUCCUGUCCUGAACAGAACCACUGAAAUGCUGCUACAGAGACAGUUUGGUUCAAAGGAGAAAAGGGCUCGGAUUCAGGUGUGAAUCCUACAUGUUUCCUGCUGGGGUGGUUCUCUUUGGGUUGGGUGCCUCCAUGGCUGUCACUCACCAUUCCUCAGCCAAGACUAAGGCGCUGGCAGCCUUUGUCCAUCUGUUGUGGGUGCUGUUUUGCAGACCUGCUGUGAGCUCAGCCCAGAGAGCAGCAGCAGCGGCACCACUGUGUGUUGUGCAUUGAUUAGUGAGUUUCACAUCCGUGAAGACCAUUGUGCUUUCCUGGGGGAAGCUGCAGUGCUAACAGUAAAUAAACCCAGCACAAACCACUGCAGCUACAGAUCACUGAUGGUGGGGAUGGGGGGCAGCUGGGUUGGCUUGGGAAGAGCCUUGCUGCCUCCUUCCUGCAGAUGCUCCAGGCUGCAAAGCUGUGGCUAAUUAGAAGGGCACUAAUUAGCCCAGGUUACAGCUUCCUGUUUAGCCAAGCACAGCCUCUGCAUUAGUACACAGGCUGCUUCUGUAGCUGCUGCAAGAACUGUGGGUAUACUCCCCUGCAGGUAAGGUGGUUUGUCUGUUGGAUGGGGUCUGCCUCAUUUUUCCCUUGAGUUGAGUACUGUGGCUGUACUCCCCGUGGGCACCUGAUCUUUGGAGGUGAGAAUUUAAAUGUGACUGCAUGUCCUGCUGGUUGGCUGCAGGAACUGGUACACUCCUGCCUUGGUGUGGAGAGACUUUUAAGUGCUUCUGAUGCAGUUCCCAGUGAGUGUCCUCAUGCUGUAUGCCUUGCUGCCUGCCACUGCUGCUCAAGCCCUAGUGCCACACCUUUCUCCAGUCAGAUGAUGCUC